AUGUUGAGUAUAAGCGCGAUUGUUCUUGCGAAUCUCUGCGUCUGCUACAUAAUGACAAACCAAAACGAAGAGGUGAACACCAUUUCUUAUUUAUCCGGUAAUGCGGAAGAGUUGAUGAAAAAAGUCGAAAGUGAAGAGGAAGAAAUUGCAUCUGAAUCGGAUAAAACAAAGAUCUUCCACCUGUGCAUCAUCAACCUCGUCAUCGGGACACUUUACUGUUCAAAAGUAUGCAGCAAUUUCAACUUUAUUCAAUACCCCCAUAGCACUGACCAGAGUGCCUGCUCUAGAUGUUGGAGUUAAAC